AUGAUAUCUUCUAGUGGAAGUGAUGAGAGUUUCGAAGAGGAAAGUCAUAAAAAUAAAAAUAAUAAACCAAAAAAAGCUAAUAAUAAAAAAAAUGGAAUAUUUGAAUAAAAAUCUAAUCUUAAUUUUAAUUUUUCAGAAGAAGGAAAAAAUGAUUUAAAUGAAAAUUUUACACUGCCAUUUUUUCUUUAAAAAGAGUACAUUAAAGAUAAAGAAGGUAGAUCUCCUUCUGAUCCAAACUAUGAUUCAUCUACUUUACAUAUACCAGUAAAGAUAUUAUCAAACGAAAGACCAUUAUAUUAAUAGUAUUGGCAAGUGAAAUCUGAAAAUUACGAUAAAUUAGUAUUUUUUAGAUUAGGGAGAAACUUUAUGUGCUAUUACGAAGAUGCUUUUCUAAUGAAAAGAAUGUUUGAUUUAUAAGUCAAAAUGUGGGGUAAUAAGCCUUUUGUCAUGAUUUGGGAUUCUUAAUAUCCAUUAUAUAUUAAAGAAACACUUGAAAAAGCUAAUAAAACAUGCAUAGUAGUUGACUAAGUAAGUAAAAAAACCAUUUAAAAGUAUAUCAAAAUUAAAAUAAAUAAAAAGAGAGAAAUUACUCAGAUAAUCUCAAAAGGCACAUAUACUGAUUUUAUGAAUACAAACGAAGAUUAUAAUGAACGUUUUAUGAUGGUUUUAGUAGAAAGCUAGAUUGAUUCUUCAUUAGGAAUUGCUUUGAUUGACUGUACGACCCAUAAAGUACUUUUAGAUGAUAUAAAAGGUGACAAAAAUGGGAAUUAUUUAAGGACCAUAUUAAGAAAAUAUAAACCUGUGGAAGUUUAUUCAAAGAAAAAUAACCUUUCUUUGUAGACAAAGAAUCUUUGCAAAAUUAUUUCUAAGCCUUAAUUUAAUUUUGAAUAUGAAAAUAAAUCUUUCGAACCUCUUGAAUCUAUUUUUUAAGGACUUAAAGAUGAGUUUUCUUAAGAAUAAUCUGAUGUUUCUUUAUAACUCAAUUAAAAUUAAUAAUAAAAUAAUAUUAAAAGAGAAUAUCCAGAAAUUUUUAAGAAAAUUGAGACACUAUAUAUUUAAUAAAAGGAAAAAGAUGAAGAUUUUAUGGAUUAAAGUUUCGAUUAUUAUAUGCUAUUAUAAUCAGUUUACCUUCUUUUGAAUUAUUUGAAAUUUCUAAAAUUGAAUGAAAAUGUAUUUUAAUAAUCAACUUUUGAGUUUUUGGAUGAAAAAACAUAAAGUAAUGAUUAUUUAGUAUUAGAUUCUCACGCAAUUGAGAAUUUGGAUAUUUUCGAAGUAAAUCAAAUUACAAAAAUACAAGAAGAAGGUUCUCUUUUGGACUUUUUAGAUUACACAAAAACAAAAUUUGGAAAAAGAAAACUAAAAAAAUGGUUAAUGUAUCCUUUAAAAAAUAUUAAAUAAAUAUAAGAAAGAUAAACUACAGUUUAAGAAAUUCUUGAAAAUAUAAAUUAUUUUGAAGAUUUUCUAAAAAAAAUACAACUUCUAGGAGAUUUGGAAAGAAAUCUAAGUAAAGUUUUCAAUUCUUCUUAGUUUUCGCGUUUAAAUCCAUCUUCUUUUGAUAAUUUCUCACAUUAAAGGUUAAAAGAAUCUUUUCUUUUUAUUAAAAAUCUUAAAAUUUUGCACUAAAAUUUCCUUGAAUUUCCUCUUAAGGAAUUUUCUUCCAAUAUUCUUAAAAAUAUUUUCUAAAAGUAAGAUUUACCAAAACUUCUUGAUUUAAUCUAAAAAAUUGAAAAUUAACUUUUCUAAGAUGAAAACGGAAAUUGUUUCCCAAAACCAGGCAUAGAUCCCACUUAUGAUGAAAUAUUAAAAAAUAUGGAAUAGAUAAAAGACGAAAUGAAUCAAGAAGUAAAUAAAUGGAGGCAAAAACUAAAAAAUCUCGAUAUAAAGCUUAUCAAAACAAGACUAUAAUAUGAAAUAUAAGUACCAGAAAGCAUAGUAUAAGGUCAAUUAAAGCCAAAAGAAUUUUCAUUAACCUCAAAAGUAAAAGGAUAUUAAAGAUUUUAAACAGAAUAAAUAAUAUAAUUAUUAAAAAAGAUAAAAACUGAAGAAAUUAACAUAUAGAAAGCCUUAGCUCCUUUUUGUAUAACUUUUUUCCAUUAAUUUUUUUCUUAAAGAGAUUUCUUUUAUAAAAUACUAAAUUCUCUUUCAGAUUUAGACGCCCUUUUUUCCUUAGCUUUUAAUGCUUAAAAGCUUCCUGUAAAAUGUUUACCUUCUUUUCAUAAAAAAAAUACUUUUAUAUUAUAAAAUAUGCACCAUCCACAAUUAAUCAAAUAUAAAUCAAAAUCUAUUGUCCCAAAUGAUACUAUUUUUCCAAAAAAUGUUACUGCGAUAUUAAUUACAGGUCCAAAUAUGGGAGGAAAAUCUACUUUGUUGCGUUAAACUUGUCUAGCAGUGAUUUUGGCCUAAAUUGGUGCUUUUGUACCAGCUGAAAAGUUCGAAAUGUCAAUUAAAGAUCGCAUAUUUUGCAGAAUAGGAGCGACUGAUAAUCUUAUGGAAGGUAAAUCUACGUUUUAAAUAGAAAUGGAAGAAACAAGAAAUAUUGUUAAUGAAGCUACUGAAGAUUCUUUAGUUUUAUUAGAUGAAUUAGGAAGAGGGACUAGCACUUAUGACGGAGUAUGUAUUGCUUAUGCAGUAUUAAAAUAUCUUGUUGAAAAAACUAAGUGUUUGUGUCUUUUUUCUACUCAUUAUCAUUUGCUUGUGGAUGAAUUUUUACUUUAUGAUAGUAUUUAAAGUUAUUUUAUGAAUUUCUCGUUUGAUAAUCAAUAGUAAAAAAUUCAUUUUGAAUAUAAAUUUGUAAGAGGAUUUUCAGCAAAAAGUUUCGCAGUUAAUGUAGCACAAAUCGCAGGAUUGCCAUAUUAAAUAGUUGAAAGAGCAGGAGAAGUAGAAAAAAUUAUUACUUAAGAAGAAUAAAAACUUUCUAAUUUAAUUUUAGUUAAUCAAAAAUUCAAUACUUAUAUUCAAACUUUAUAAUAGGAUUUAUUAAUGUUAUAAUAAGAUUUAUAAAUAGAUUGA